AGUUGUUAGGUUUUCUGCACAUAUGUAUUGUGCACAAGUUUUUUCUGACUAUAUAAACCGUUCCUGACCUGACCUGACCAAACCAUAGCCUUCAAGAAACAGCACGUAUAAUACUAUCCAAACUUCAAUCGAAUCUCAAGGUGGAGAUUUCCCAGACACUAUGAAAGAGCAACUGAAAGCAAGCAAGAUUAAGAUCUUGGCUGCCUUGCUGGUCUUCGCCAUGGUUACUCAAGGCUUGGCGAUUCGGGUCAAGGGGACGGUGAGGAAUGACAUCACCGACGAGGCUGUCAGUGCAAAAACCACCCUCGGUGCAGGCAGCAGCACAACCGUUGACAACCACCAUGCAAUCCCACGGGACCAGUAUAGUAGCCAUGGAGGAGAGGACGGAUCAGGUGGCAGUGGUGGUGAUACUACAAAGAACUAGUGCCAUUCUCUGAGACUGUUCUGUUCACCCAAGAUAUAUAUUCUGAUCUCUAAUGUUAUAUUGUAUAGAUGCCAGCAGCGCUAAUAUUAUUACUAUUCAUGCCUACAUGAAAAUAAGCUGCUUAAGGGAAGAGUAAUGUCGAAGACCAUACGCAUGUUAUUUACAUCCUCACAGAAGGAAAAAAACUAUGUUUUAUUGGAAAAAUAAAGAAGCUAUAUAUGUAAUAGAUGUAGUAUUCUCGUGUGUGUGUGUAAGGAAACUUUCAUGAUGUUACAUGGCAACCAUCAAUAAAAUCCAU